AUGUCAUUUUUCAACACGUUCAAAGGAUUUGGCAGAAGCAGUAAAAAGAACAAGAGCCAGCAUGUGGGUAAUUCUAAUACACCUGUGAACUCCGUAUAUUCCAACUCACAUAGCAGCAACUCUAAACUGUCGCUGAGGCAAAUGCAAAUGCAAUCGCCUGGCAGGCAUUCGCCCGCCAGACACUCGGCUACUUCGCAUAAUAAUAACAAUCAUGGUGGUGGAAAUGGCAACGAUGGCCAACAGGCCCCUGCUUUUCAGCCAAGCAAUGCUGCUGCUGUAAUACCAGAGAGGCCGGAGACACAGCAAGCUCUAUUUCUGAGUGAACCCUUCGUAAGAACAGCUCUGGUGAAGGGCUCUUUCAAGACAAUAGUUCAGCUCCCGAAAUAUGUCGAUCUUGGAGAAUGGGUUGCUCUCAACAUUUUCGAAUUCUACACAAAUCUGAAUCAAUUUUAUGGAAUCGUUGCCGAGUAUGUCACUGCAGAUGCGUAUCCAACCAUGAACGCAGGGCCUCACACCGACUACAUGUGGCUUGACGCCAACAAUAGACAAGUCUCACUUCCUGCGGGUCAGUAUAUCGACCUCGCGCUGACGUGGAUAAACAACAAAGUAUCAGACCAGGUACUAUUUCCCACACAGAAUGGGUAUGCAUUUCCUCCUAACUUCGUUCAGGACAUCCAGAGAAUAUUAAUUCAAAUGUUCAGAAUUUUCGCCCACAUGUACCAUCAUCAUUUUGAUAAGAUUAUACAUUUAUCACUCGAGGCCCAUUGGAACUCUCUAUUUGCUCACUUUAUCAGCUUUGCUAAGGAAUACAACCUGGUGGACAGGAAAGACAUGUACCCAUUGGGACCUUUAAUAGAGAACUUGGAGAAGCAAGGUAAGAUUAUUUAA